AUGCUGGCGGCAGCGCUGUCGGGCGGCCAGCCGCCGGCGGACAGGCCCAGGUCGCCGUCGUCGGAGUGGUCGUCGGAGAGGUCGCCGCCGCCGGGCCACCCCCUGCUUGACGUGCUGGACAGCAACCGCGACGCCAGGAGGCCGCCGAGCUGCGAGGAGGCACGGCUCAAGUGCGCGUACCGGACGGGCUGCGGGCGCGCGCUGCAGGCCUACAUCGUGGGCUGCUCCUCGCUGCACCACGGCCCGCCGGGCCACUGCCCCGAGGCCUGCCAGCAAGCCCUCAUCGCGCUCACCUCCACGGACGAGGGCAAGGACCUCAUGACGUGCCAGUGCGCGGACGAGCUGUGCGAGGAGACCAAGCGGCGCGUCGAGGUGUGCCGGCCCGCCGUGGUGCGCGCCACCAGCAACGAGUCGGCAGUGUCGUGCCGCGUGGCGCAGCUCAUCUGCGGCGCGGACGCGCUCUGUUCCACGGCCCUGGACUACUACCACCUGCACUGCCGGAAAAUGUUCCUGGGCCACCGGUGCAGCAAGCGCUGCAAGAACUCCAUCUCCAUCCUCAGGCGGCAGGAGAAGGCCGCCAAGCUGGACUCGUGCUGGUGCGACGGCCGCGAGGACUACGACUGCCCCGCCAUCCGCGCCAACAUGGCCCGGCUGUGCUUCCACCAGGAGCCGCCGCGGCCGCCGCCCGACGCGCUCCCCGGCGACGUGGACACCAACGAGCUGCUGCCCAAGCGCGACGGCGGCGUGACAAAAAUGGAAAAUGGUGCUAAUUUUGAAGAUAGAAGUGACUUGUCUUUGUUUGUUCUAGAAUGUGAUCAAAUGUAUAGUAAUUGUUUUUAUAAAGCUGUAGUUUGCCCUACUGCCGUUCUGUGUAUGUAUCACAAUCACAGAGGUAUUUUUGUGUGA